AUGUUCAUAGGCAGUCUUCUGACGACAGGCUUCUUGCACUCAGCAAUCGUUACAUUCUGUUCAAACUCCUGGAGUCCAAAUCAGUCUGGAGCCGUGUCUCAACCCAAGCCACUGUCGUUGGACGAUGCCAAGCAUAAGCGUGAGCAAACUUGGGUUAUCCUCCUUGCUCAGCAGCGCUCGGGUACGCACUGGUUGACAGAAAAGCUCAACCAACACCCGUGCAUUGACGUGCAGCCAGAGAUUCUCUGCUGCAACGAUACUUCCUGGUGGCCACCUGCACUACGCAAAAUGGCGAUCCGGAGAUUCCUCGAUCCUGCAGACGUACCUAGCGAUAUGGUUGUAGAUGGCAAGAAGAUGCCAUGGCAGGUGGAGCGCUACGUUCAGAUAAGUGCCCGUGAGUUGGGCAACGGCAAGUUUAUCCGAGGGUUCAAUUGGAAAAUCAACCAAGGAUUUCUCGAGGAUUGGCCGGUUUGGUUUCACCAGUACUCCAGCAAUCACUCUAUCCGGAUCCUGUGGGUGCAGCGCAAGAACCUCGUGAGAAGGCUCGUGUCGGGCCAUGCCAAUCAGGUCCAGCACAUUGCAGCAACGCAAGAUGACAAGAUGGCUGGCGCAAUCAAGAAGCAGAAAGUCACGAUCAGCCCAAAACUACUUCUCAGAGAACUCAAGACCUCUGAAGAUGAAAACUCUCGCUUGACCAAGUUUUUGGAAUCCACUGCCGUUCAAUACCGUCGUGUCUACUACGAGGAUAUCGUGAAAGACAUGGAUGACGUCUGGAGUUUCAUGCUCAGCGGAACCUCCUGCAAGACUCCACCCGUGCAGGUGGCUGCACGCUAUCAAAAACUGCAUGAUGGCAAGAUUGAAAGCUUCCUGCAGAACUUUGAGGAGAUCAAAGCGGCCCUUGCAGACACACAGUGGUCUCAAAUGCUGGAGGACUGA